AUGUUGAGCAACAAACCGUGACGCUCAGUGAGUGCAGUCUGAGGUGAGACCUGAAGAACAUCUCACAACUUCAGACGUCGAGCUCCCAAAUGGACAUUUGAAAAGUGGUAGAAAAACAACAAAAAGGAAUACAGCCACCUGGUGUUCCAGUUUGGUCCAUAAAGACCAGAACUCUUGCAUGUGGUUAAAAAAAAAAGCUGCAGAUGGGAGACAAACACCACAAGACAAAGAAAUGUCCCUGGAUAGUUCAGAUGGAAAACCUGUCGGUGUACCAUGGACCCAUCGGUAAAAGGGAAGGGGAGAGGCGUUUGUUUCUGGAUGGACGCGAUGGAUGCUACCUGGUCCGAAACAGCGACUCUAUCCCCGACGUCUACUGCCUGUGUGUGCUGUAUAAAACAACGGUCUUCACAUAUCGAAUCCACAGGCAUGUUGGAAACAACUGGUAUGCAGAGACCAGUGCCGGUGUGCGGAGGCGAUAUUUCCGUUACAUCGAGAACUUGAUAACGGCUUUCCAGGAGCCCGCCCAAGGAAUUGAAAUGCCUCUGCUGCACCCUGUCACUGCCCAGGGACGGGCGCAGACACCCACGGUGGAGCACAAUCCCAGUAAUAGCCUGUCACCGCCGCCCGGGUGCUCUGCCCAGGGACAGAAGAAGCAGAAGAAAGAUGUGCUGCGAGCUAUUACACACGGACCUUUAACUCACCAUUGAUCUAAUUAGACCUUCCGACUCCACUGUAGCCGCGACAUGAACAGUAUCACAUGUUGGAGCAUAUAAACCAUCUCAGGCCAAAUUUGGCAGCCACUUAUAAGUUCUUCAAGUGCAAGUUUUCACUUGUUAAAUGUGUAUCUAUUUUUAACUGGGAAUGACAAAUACACACACACACACACAUAAAAAAAAAAGAUUUUCACAUUAAUCACAAUUCUUUAUUUGUAACGACUCUUAAUCGAUAAAAGAAAAAAAAACAUUUUUUUUGUUGGUUUUGUUGUUAAGGUACACCUAUUCACCAUUAAUUUGUUGUUUAUUAACAUGCAAAUUAGUAACACACUGGCUCUUUUUUUUUUUAAUUGAUCUCAACUCUGUACACUGCUGCUGGAAUUUUAAUUUUCCUGAAGGAACUCUCCUGAAGGAAUCAAUAAAGUACUAUCUAUCUAUCUA